AAAAGGUUACGCGAAGCGUAAGGGAACCUUUGACCAAGAGAAGAGAACGACAAACCAAAGUUAACUCAAAUUGGGUGGACGAAGCGAUUAAACUCAAAUUAGUUCAGAAAGGCGACAUCAAAUUCCAAUUCUCGGAACCUUAAUCCCCCAAAUUCAGAUACUCCAACAUGUCUUCACUUGCAGCUGCACGAGCAGACAACUUUUACUAUCCACCAGAAUGGACCCCAGAUCAGGGUUCUUUGAACAAGUUCCACGGUCAACAUGCUCUGAGGGAAAGAGCAAAGAAAAUAGACCAGGGUAUUUUGAUUAUAAGGUUUGAGAUGCCAUUCAACAUAUGGUGUGGUGGAUGCAACUCUAUGAUAGCAAAGGGUGUUCGGUUUAAUGCAGAAAAGAAGCAAGUGGGAAAUUACUAUUCCACAAAGAUAUGGAGCUUUACUAUGAAGGCUGCAUGUUGUAGACAUGAGAUUGUUAUUCACACAGAUCCAAAGAACUGUGAGUACAUCAUUGUCAGUGGCGCCACGAAAAAAACUGAGGAUUAUGACGUCGAGGAUGCAGAAACUUUUGAACUUCCUGCAGAUGAAGAAAGAGGAAAGCUAGCAGAUCCAUUUUAUCGUCUUGAACACGAAGAACAGGAUUUGAAGAAGAAGAAAGAAGCAGAGCCAGUGUUAGUGCGCCUGCAGCGAUCUUCAGAUGCCCGACAUGCAGAUGACUAUUCUCUAAAUAGGGCUCUCCGGGCCCAACUUAGAGGUCAAAAGAAGAGAAUUGCUGAAGAAGAGGCUGCUUGCAAGAAAAUGGGUCUAGGUGUGCGUCUGCUUCCAGCAUCCAAGGAGGAUUCUGCUGUUGCUUCCAAAGUGAAGUUCUAUUCCAAGUUUGAAAGGAAUAGGAAGGACAAGCGAGCUCUGAUUAAUGCGUGUUCAAUUUUUUCAGAGCCGUCUGGUUCUUCAGCAUCUAAUAAACGACUAGAGCUAGAAUCCAAGAGGAGGAGGAUAAAUGCGACCGCUGCAUCAAACAUUCUGACAGGAGGAUUCAAGCCAUCGUCAUGGUCGAAUGGUGCCGCUGCUCCUUGUAAGCGCAAGGGAAAUUCAAUAACUGCCAGACGUUUCAAGCUUACUGAGAAUAAUAUAUGAUAAUUCAAGAAGGGAAAGAAAAAAUAGUCCCGUUAUACUUAAUUCUGAUGUUUCUUUAUUCCUCUUUUCUUCAUUUUGCUGGUGUUAAGAGUUUUUGUACAUAAGCUUAUGUUAUGUUAAUACUUAAUUGUGUGCGGCAUUGGAUAUAUUGUAUAAUGAUGACCUUUUUGUGAUGGAAAGUAACGGCUGGCCAGCCUUUUGAGAAUCAGAA